AUACCGUCUCCUGUUAUCUUUCCCUUAGAGGGCGCCACACGAUAAUACGGUCCCCUUCGGAACUAGCUCGCGCAUUAUCGCAUCGGCUUUAUUGUAUCAAACGUAAACAAAUCGCUGUCAGUUCACACGUGAAACAUGCCGGAAACUUGUUGCUGUGUACCUGGGUGUAGUAAUAGAGGUGGCCACGUUUUUCCAUCUGAUCAACUGAGGAAAAAAGCUUGGAUUCAUGCAAUCAGACGUGGGGAAUCCCGUUUUCAGAGUUGGGAACCCUCGUCACAUGCUGUAGUGUGCAGAUCACAUUUCCAAAACUGUGACUACCUCUCGGAGACGGUUUACGGAACCACACCAUUAAGCAGACGCCUGAAAAAAACAGCAAUCCCAAGCAUUUUCCAGUGGAUAGAUCCUGCAAGUCCCGCAGAUAUUGCUAGGGCUAGCCGAGCUAGGACAAGGGGGGUGAAGAGAAAGUUAAUCGAGAUUAAUACCACCGAGAAUCAAAGUCAAGGCACAGUGUAUUUUCAAGACGAUAUUGAUGUUGCAGAUGAAAUUGUCAUUGAAAGCAUUCCAACCAAGAAUGACACUGACGAGGAUUCAAGCGAAGAACAGAAAUUUUAUUUAAAUGUUGAAACCCAGACACCUACAUUUCCACCAAUGUGUAUUGAUAAUUUUGAGAAAGACGAUGCUGGCAUUCACUUUUAUACAGGGCUUGAAACAUAUGUUAAAUUUUAUAUGGUUUUAAGAACCCUAGGUCCAGCCGCAUAUUGUUUGAACUACAUCUAUCACAAGGUUACAAAUAUCAGCGUUCCAGAUCAAUUUUUCCUUGUUCUUAUCAAACUGCGUAGACAUAGAACUAAUUUUGAUUUGUCCACUGGCAGAUUAUUUAAUGUCUCAGAAAAAACGGUGUCAAAUGUAUUCUAUACAUGGAUUCUUUUUAUGUCAAAGCAGUGGAGAGAAGUAGACAUAUGGCCACCCAAAUCCCUUGUUAAUUAUUUCUGUCCAUCAGAUUUUAAAUUGAAAUUUCCUAAUACUAGAGUUAUAGUUGAUGGAACUGAAUGUCCGAUCAAAAAACCAAAACUUCCAAAAACUCAGCAAGCCACUUUUUCGACUUAUAAAAAUAAGAACACGGUCAAAAUAUUAGUUGGUGCAACCCCUGGUGGCCUUGUGUCAUAUGUAUCUCCAGCUUAUGGUGGGUCAACAAGUGAUAGACAAAUUGUAGAGCGAAGUAGUUUGUUAAAUUUGUGUGAUCCUGGAGACUCGAUUAUGGCCGAUAAAGGUUUUAAUGUUCAGGAUAUGUUUGUACAUAGAAAUAUUCAGAUAAACAUGCCCACAUUUUUUAAAAAGAAAAACAGAAUGUCUUGUUCAACUGUUAUUCAAGAUCGAAAGAUAUCCAGUAAAAGAGUUCACAUUGAGCGCAUCAUUGGACUUGCCAAAACUUUCAAGAUUUUAGUUGAACCUAUGAAUAGUUCAGAAACUAAAUUGUCUUCGCAUAUAACCUUUGUAUGUUUUAUGCUGUGCAAUUUUAAAACUUGCAUUGUUCCCUCUUAUGCCUAGAUAAAUUUAUCU